GAGGUUUAUCAACCGAAGCCCGAACAAAAGCGGCAAGAAGCUCUCCUCCUUCAAAGCGAGAGAGAGCGAGAGGGCGAGAGAAAGGCAGGGAGCGGCAUCAAUGGUGAAGGCAUACCGCCGGUACGAGCCAGCGGCAGCGUUCGGAGUGAUCGUGUCGGUGGACGGCAACAUCGCCUACGACAGCUCCGGCAAGCACCUUCUCGCCCCGGCGCUGGAGAAGCUCGGCGUGUGGCACGUUCGGCAAGGAAUCUGCACCAAAACCCUAGCCCCGUCCCCCUCCCCCUCCUCUCGAGGUCCCUCUCUUGCCGUCACCUCUGUCGCCUCCUCUCCCUCCUCUCUGAUAGCAAGUGGCUAUGCUGAUGGCACAGUAAGAAUUUGGGAUUCAGAGAAAGGAACCUGUGAAACCACACUGAAUGGACAUAAAGGGGCAGUGACCAUCCUCCGAUAUAAUAAACUUGGAUCUUUGCUUGCAUCUGGAGGCAAAGACAAUGACAUUAUUUUAUGGGAUGUGGUUGGUGAGACUGGGCUUUUUCGCCUUAGAGGGCACCGCGACCAGGUGACUGAUCUUGUUUUCUUAGACUCUGGUAAAAAACUUGUAAGCUCCUCCAAGGAUAAAUUUUUGAGAGUUUGGGAUCUUGAAGCACAGCAUUGUAUGCAAAUCAUCGGUGGUCAUCAUACUGAAAUUUGGUCUGUGGACACUGAUCCUGAUGAGAGGUAUCUGGUCACUGGGUCAGCAGAUCCAGAGCUUAGGUUUUAUACAAUAAAGCAUGAUUUUGUAGAUGGAGAGUCUGUAUCUAAUAUAAAUGGAACAAAAGUUGUAAACAAUAAGGACUCAGCAGCAGAAAGCAAAUGGGAAGUCUUGAAGCAUUUUGGUGAAAUUCAGCGGCAGAGCAAGGAUAGAGUUGCCACUGUGCGGUUCAAUAAGUCUGGAAAUCUACUGGCUUGUCAAGUUGCUGGGAAGACUGUAGAGAUAUUCCGUGUAUUAGAUGACACUGAAUCAAAGCGUAAAGCAAAAAGAAGAAUUAACAGGAAAAAGGAGAAGAAAUCCACAAAAGGGGCGGAUGAUGUACAAGAAAAUGGAGAUGCUAGUCAUGGGGCUGGAGAAGAAGGCAAUAUUCUUUUUGUUAAGGUAUCUGAUGUAGUUAGGCUUAUUCAGACUAUACGGCCUGGCAAGAAGAUUUCUUCUAUUUCUUUCUGUCCAAUCACUCCUAAGAACUCACUUGCUACCUUAGCAUUGUCUUUGAACAAUAAUUUAUUGGAAAUAUAUUCUAUCGAAAGCAGUUCAACCACCAAAACCAAUGCUAUUGAACUCCAGGGGCAUCGUUCUGAUGUCAGAAGUGUUACACUUAGCUCAGAUAAUACACUUUUGAUGUCUACUAGUCAUAGUGCUGUGAAGAUAUGGAAUCCAAGCACUGGUUCUUGCCUUCGGACCAUUGAUUCAGGAUAUGGUCUGUGUGGUUUAUUUGUUCCUGGUAACAAGUAUGCAAUUGUUGGUACAAAAGCUGGGUCACUAGAAAUUAUUGAUGUUCGAAGUGGUACUUGUGUGGAAGUAGUGGAAGCUCAUGGUGGAUCUGUCCAAUCAAUUGCAGCCUUUUCAGAUGGAAAUGGUUUUGUCACUGGGAGUACUGAUCAUGAUGUCAAGUUUUGGGAGUAUCAAACUACUCAAAAGCCUGGCCAAGACUCUAAGCAAAUGACAGUCUCUCAUGUGCGGAAUAUGAAAAUGAAUGAUGAUGUUCUAGUGGUUGCUGUUAGCCCUGAUGCUAAAUAUAUUGCUGUUGCACUGUUGGAUUGUACUGUGAAGGUCUUCUUUAUGGAUUCACUCAAAUUUUUUCUUUCACUCUAUGGCCACAAGCUGCCUGUGCUGUGUAUGGAUGUUUCAUCGGAUGGGGCAUUAUUAGUCAGUGGCUCAGCAGACAAAAAUUUGAAGAUUUGGGGUUUGGAUUUUGGAGACUGCCAUAAAUCCAUGUUUGCUCAUGCUGAUAGUGUUAUGGCAGUGCAAUUUGUGCGCAGCACACAUUACAUGUUUAGUGUUGGGAAAGAUCGCCUCGUAAAAUACUGGGAUGCUGACAAGUUUGAACUGCUGUUGACUCUUGAGGGUCAUCAUGCUGAAAUUUGGUGUCUUGCGGUCAGCAACCGUGGUGAUUUUGUUGUCACAGGAUCUCAUGACCGGUCACUGCGCCGCUGGGAUCGUACUGAGGAACCAUUUUUCAUUGAGGAAGAGAAAGAAAAAAGAUUGGAGGAGAUGUUUGAGUCUGACCUGGACAAUACAUUUGAUAACAGGUAUGCACUCAAGGAAGAACUUCCAGAGGAAGGAGCUCUGGCCUUAGCUGGGAAGAAAACUCAAGAAACCUUAACCACAACUGACUUGAUCAUUGAGGCAUUAGAUAUGGCCGAAGUGGAACUGAAGCGUAUUGCUGAACACGAGGAGCAGAAGUCAAGAGGAAAAGUUGCAGACUUCCAACCAAACAUUCUUAUGCUCGGGCUCUCUCCAUCUAAUUAUGUUAUUCGUGCACUUUCAAAUGUUCAUACGAAUGAUCUAGAGCAGACACUACUGGCUUUACCAUUCACAGAUGCCUUGAAGCUUUUGUCUUACUUGAAGGAUUGGGCAAUGAUCCCUGAUAAGGUUGAACUUGUCUGCAGGGUUGCUACAGUGCUUCUGCAGUUGCAUCAUAACCAGCUGAUUGCUACCGUGGCUGCUCGACCUGUUUUAACUCUUCUGAAAGAUGUUCUUCAUUCCAGAGUCAAGGAAUGCAAAGACACUCUUGGUUUCAACCUUGCAGCGAUGGAUCAUCUCAAGCAAUUGAUGGCUUUAAAGUCCGACAUACUCUUCCGAGAUGCAAAAUCAAAGUUACUUGAGAUACGAUCAUGGCAUUCAAAACGUUCUGAAGCGAGGACAGAGACCAAACAAGAAUGGAGGAAAAAGAAGAAACAAAAGAAGUCUAGCAGUGAACACGUCUGGUCUUAAUAAUAAUCUGCAGUAACUACAAUUUCAAUUAGAAUACGGCCAGCGAAAAAGGUAAAAUCACCCAACAUCAUCUAUACAAGACACCAUUUAUGAGAUCGGAGAAAGAUGGUUGGAAGCAUAUGAUUUUUGUGCUUGUUGCUAAGGAGAAUGAAUAGAAAGGAAGAGAACUUGUCCUAUUGUUUCCCCCAGCCAGCUACCAAACAUGUGCUAAUGAGGUUAAGUUAUUCUUCUACAAGGGUUGUUUGGUGUAAUUAUUAUAGCUUUUAAUGUUAUCCACACCCUCCCUCUACUUUUGAAGCCACCGAGACCCGACCGUUGUACCAAUUUUCGGGGUGAGGGAGUAGAUAGUCCUGUACACAAAUCUUAUUUGUAUCUGGCCAAAUGCCAAUAAUAUAUUUUGACAGGUGAAUGCGGGCGCAGGGUAAGCCCCCGAAUUUUGAACGGAAUGUUUAGUUUUGUACUACAAAAAUAGCUUGAUGCCUCUUUCUUUC